AUGACGAAGCUAAAGGGAGGAACAAGACCACCAUGGGUAGGACUUGGAGCUGCAGUAUGGGUGCAAAUAGCAGUUGGAAAUGCUUACACAUUCCCACUCUAUUCACCUUCCUUCAAAUCAGUUCUUGCUUUCAAUCAAACACAAGUUUCUCUUCUUGGUGUUGCCAAUGAUAUUGGUGAGAAUGUUGGUCUUCUUCCUGGUAUUGUUUGCAACAAGUUCCCUCCUUGGCUCAUGCUUUUCAUAGGUGGUCUCUUCUCUUUCCUUGGUUUUGGUCUUCUAUGGCUUUCUAUCUCCCUAACACUUCCCUCACUUCCUUAUCCUCUGCUAUGGUUUGCACUUGUUAUUGCUACCAACAGUUGUGCAUGGUUAAGCACUGCUCUUCUUGUGACAAACAUGAGAAAUUUUCCUGCAAGUAGAGGCACAGUUGCAGGUAUAAUAAAAGGUUAUGGAGGGAUCAGUGCUGCGGUUUUCACCGAAAUCUUCAGGACACUUCUUCAUAAUUCUUCUUCUAAUUUCCUCUUGUUCCUCGCUGUUGGAAUUCCUGUUUUGUGCUUUACUGUAAUGUUUCUCGUUCGUCCUUGUACUCCGGUUUCCGGUGAGAGUACUUCAGAAAAAUGGCAUUUUCUUUUCAUCCAAGGUUCUAGUGUGGCCUUAGAAGAAAAUGAGUUAGGUGAAAGCAAUGGAGAAGAAAACACGAAACCCCUUUUGCACGAGUCUUCGUCGAGUGCUGCUCUCGGUAGUUUCAAUGAUGCUGAUGGUUCAUCUGAAAUUGAUAUGCUUCUUGCUGAGGGUGAAGGAGCUGUAGUACCUUCGAAAAAGAGAAGGCCGAGAAGAGGGGAAGAUUUUACGUUUUUGGAGGCACUGGUUAAGGCUGAUUUCUGGCUUUUAUUUUCUGUUUACUUCGCUGGCGUUGGAACUGGUGUUACUGUUAUUAAUAAUCUGGCUCAAAUAGGCGCCGCUCAAGGUGUGGAAGAUAUCACUAUCUUACUCUCGGUUUUCAGUUUUUUCAAUUUUGUCGGACGGCUUGGUGGAGGAGUUGUUUCUGAACAUUUUGUCAGGACGAGAACGAUCCCACGGACGGUUUGGAUGACAUGCACACAGAUAGUUAUGAUAAUCUUGUAUCUUCUAUUUGCACACGCCAUCAAAGGAACACUUUAUCCAGCAGUUGGAUUUCUCGGAAUCUGCUAUGGCGUACAAUUUUCAAUACUGAUUCCAACAGUUUCAGAGCUUUUCGGUUUGAAGCACUUUGGCUUAUUUUUCAACUUCAUGUCAUUAGGUAAUCCACUUGGCGCAUUACUUUUCUCGGCGCUUUUAGCCGGGCGCAUAUACGACAGUGAAUUGGCGAAGCAACAAGCGCUUGGUCUUGUUGCUUCAAGCGUUUCAUGUGUUGGUCCAGAUUGUUUUAAGAUUACGUUUCUGGUACUUGCUGCUGUGUGUGUUGCUGGUGCAAUCUCCAGCAUUAUCUUGACCAUAAGAAUUAAGCCGGUUUACCAAAUGCUUUACUCCGGUGGCUCUUUCAGGCUGCCUCAAAUGACAUGCCAAUGA